ACUGUUGUGAAGCGAGUCCAAUUGAAACACAUAUUUCUCGUGGCCAAGAAUGUGCUGGAGAUUUGCUUGACAGUCCAGUGAAGGCUCUCUGGAGUCCAAAUUUGGUCAUUUUCCACCAGUGUAACCAAAACAUUGCGAUGAGGUAUCCUUAAACAACAGUGAAUCAACGCAGCCUCUGCCAAGAACCACAUUAAAAACACCUCUGGGACCUCUGCUUAUUUAUCGUAAGAGAAGCAGGAACCCAAGUCCCCAUUUCUUCUGCUCACAAUGGCUAAAGGAAGCGGCUUCAUGAGAAGACUAUGCAUCGUUCUUAAUAUUCUGCUUGGGUUCUUAGGGGUGGUCUUGCUUCUGGUCGGGAUAGUGGCAAGCACUUUUAAGAUUGAUCCACUGAUAAGUGGUUAUUACUGGCAGGAUGCGACUCAGAGUGUGCUCUUCAGCAUUGGAUUUGGAUUGGCCACUAUCCUGCUCUCCAUCCUGGGAGUAUAUGGAGCAUACCAGGAUAAUGUCUUGGCUCUACUUUUGUACAGUAUUUUCAUGAUUAUUGAAUUCAUUGCCCUCUUGGCCCUGACAAUCAUAGCCAUACUCGCACAGCCACAGGUGGAGAAGAAAAUUGAAGAGAGUUUUGGAAACACGACGUCACUUUAUUAUGCAGAUGACGUCUUCCGUCACGAGCUCGACAAACUACAAAAGGAGGCUGAGUGCUGUGGUCUGCUGUAUUACACUGAAUGGCGAGAUCAGAUACCUUCUUCAUGUGACUGUCCUCAAAACUACUCAGAAUCCACAUGCGCAAAAGUCAAUGUCAAUUUGCAAAAUUAUAGAAGUAGUGAGGUGAACAAAAAAGCUGGCACUGACCCGAUGACAGUUCAGAAUUCAUUGCGCUAUGUUUAUAAGACGAACUGCGGCCCAAUCUUAACAAGACAUGUGAAGAAUGCCUUGAGGAUCCUGUUUGGAAUAGUGUUUACCUUAGCAACUAUUAUGCUCGCUGCCUUGAUUGUAGCCUUACUCCUGUGGCAUACAAUCAACACACGGUUGUCAGUCACAGGCAUCUCACACGAUGAUGACAGAAUGAAGUAUGAACUCCAGCCACAUAAAAUGACCUGACACGAUUGUCAUCCUUAAAAGGUCUCAGGCCCUCAUCAGGAGCAAGCUGUAUAACCUCAAAAAGAUGUCUUUCUGUAUAUGUUUCCUGUAACAUAUCACUUAGCUGCAGGUUCAUUCAAGCCUCAUGUUCUAUUCACUAGCUAGCAAGGGAUGCCUCGUAUCUAUUGGUUUUAUGGCUGUACAGUUGUAAUUUGUAUUUAUUUUGACCAAAUAUGUCUUUUAUGUCUUCACAUGCUGGGAAUCCUCCUAAUAGCAGGUGUACAUGCAAAUCAGAGAGGAAGACAUUGGGGAUAAUCUCUCGAAUACCUCUUAAAAAUUGAUUAUAAAUGUUAAUUAGAAACAUUGAGCAAUUUUUUUUUAUUGUUCCAUUUUACAUCAAAUUUUCAACAAGUCAACAACCUUAUUGAGUAGAAUAGAACAUAAAGGUUAAUGAUAACCGGAUAAGGAUGUGUUUGUCAUUAGUAGUCUGGUAAAUAAUGUUUUAAUGUUUAGGGCAGCUGGAUUUAUUUUCAUAAUUAGUUGCACAUGUAUCUUCUACCAUAAGACUAACAUUAAGUUCAUAAUGGUAACGGUUCACAAGACUUAACCAACAAUAGUAACAAGGACAAGUCAGUCUGAGACACAUUAAUUAUGUUUAUAUUGAAAUAUUCAUGAUGUGUUAGUGAUACCGAUCCUAAUUGGUCGCUGUGAGAAGUUAGAGGUUGUUUGCUUGCUGAUGUCAUUGCUAGUGCAAAUCUCAAACAUAAUUGCUAAUUGUCAGUUUCACUGUUAGCACCUAAAAACAUAAGAGCUAAAGUUUCUUGGUCUUAUUGCACCAAAAUUUAUAAUCAGCUACAACUAAAAAGCUUGGUUUGCUACAUAGCAAAGAGAUAUCAAGUAUGAUAGCUUUGAUGAAGGACAACACGAUUAGCAUGAAAAUCGAAACAUCGUAACCUUAACCUUUUGAGGCAAAUUAUACAGAUGAGGAGAUGAGUGAGCUGGCCAGACUGACGGACUAAAGUGCUGCUGCAUGGGUCUUGCUAUCAGUAAACGGUCAAACGGCAUUGUGGGUAAUGUAGACAACCAUUAACCAAAGUAAUUUAGACUAAUACAUCGAGCAGAGAAGUUUUAAUCAAGCCAAUUUAGAAUUACAUUCUAAAAUAAAUAUUGUACUAUAUUGAAGAUUAGGAAUUAAUUAUAAAGUAGAAUAUGGAUAUGCAAGACAUUCAGGGUGGAUUUUGUUUUUCUCUUUAAUGGUAAUAGUGUCCUCAGUCUGCUUGUUAAUAUAAUCUGAAUUAUAUUACAGCAGCCAUAUAAUUUAAUAAAUUAAUUCAUUACAGAUCAUUAUCUUUUAUAAAAUACAUACAGUAUAAAAUACAGCUUAUUUUUCAAAAUCAUGUUUUUAGACAACAGGAAGAAACCUUUUUUCUAGCAAAAAAAAAAAAAGUAGUAAAAUUAUUAUAUCAGCAAAACUAUAACAUAAAUAAUAUAAUUUACUGGCAAAUGUAACUUGGUCCAUAUAUUCAUCGGCUUAAGGUUUUCCUAAAUAUAUUACUGAUAUUCUUUAAAAUAUUAUUUUAAGCUUUAUUUUAUGUCAUUAUUAAUAAUUAAAUUAUAUAAUGAAGAAGAGGCAUAUAGUUCAUUAUUUAUUUAUUUAUUUGUGUCUAUCAGCAAGAGGCUACCUUAUUUAAAUGACAUUUUAGAUUACAGAUUUGGUCACAUGAAGUGCUCAACAGUUUGAAGAAACUGGUCAAAGCAGAAAAAUUGUGAGAAUCUGAUAUAAUGCUUUCAUUUCCCCAAGUCUUCAUCCUCUCUUUAUCCUGUUUUCGAUCACAAUUUGAAAACGGUUGUUAAGAAAUCAUGGAAAAUGUCCUCAUUAACUAGUAAGUAACAUGUACGAAGGUCUCUGGUGAACUGAUCUGAAUUAUUUGGCCAUUUCUGGAUACUUUUACCAAAUAUGGAAACAGUUGGAUGGAAGGAAUGUCAUCUGUGGGAUCAGCUGGAAAGGAAAAUAAAGUUAUGCUGUUAUUAUGUUUAAACAUUUCAUUUAAACAGGACAGACUGUAAAGUAGACAUAGCCUUUACUUUUGUACUGAUUACUGUUACAAUGUGUAUGUCCCACACAGAGUGUUUUGAAAUAUAUGCCACUUUGUACUAUUGAUGUCCUGACACUGUUAAGGAUGCUUUAGCUACUAUUAUGAGAAAUAAAUAACAACUGCUGUCGCUA